UUGUGAGUGGGCUUGCCAUGAGUUGUAGGUCAACUCAAAGCAGUUAACAACACAUCCCUUCGCUGCUUAGGAUGUUAUUACCCUCUUUUGAAAAACAAAGAUGAAGAUGUAAUUGGGUGCAGUCUAUUUUUCACAUAAUAUCAGGAUAUUGCAUUUAGGAAAUGUCAAUAUUGUUAUCAACACUGGAUCCAUACAAAAUUCAGUUAAGGAAUAUCACUGAAGUCACUGUAUUUACUUUGCUGGGGUUUACAGGUAAUUUUGAGCUACAAGUAUAUCUGUUUUUACUAUUUCUUGCAAUCUAUAUUUUUACUCUGGUGGGAAAUUUGGGACUGGUUCUAUUAGUCAUGGCAGAUGCCCGGCUCCACAACCCCAUGUACUAUUUUCUGAGUGUGUUAUCUUUCUUAGAUGCCUGCUCUUCUUCAGUAGUCACCCCAAGAAUGUUAGUCAAUUUCCUGGCAGAGAAUAAAGCCAUUUCAUUUACUGCAUGUGCAACACAGAUGCUGCUCUUUGUCACUUUUGGGACCACAGAAUCUUUUCUUUUGGCGGCAAUGGCAUAUGAUCGCUAUGUAGCAAUCUACAACCCACUUCUCUAUUCAGUUAACAUGUCACCCAGGGUCUAUGUGUCACUCAUCAUUGCUUCUUAUGUUUGUGGUAUUUCACAUGCUACUUUACACACAGUGGCAACUUUUAACCUCUCCUUCUGUGCAUCCAAUGAAAUUAGACACAUCUUUUGUGAUAUCCCUCCACUCCUUGCUAUCUCCUGUUCUGACACUCUUAUCAACCAACUUCUACUCUUCUACUUUGUGGGUUCUAUUGAGAUGGUCAAUAUUCUGAUUGUCUUGAUAUCUUAUGGAUUCAUUUUGAUGGCCAUUCUGAAGGUGCGUUCUGCUGAAGGAAGGCGAAAAGUGUUUUCCACUUGUGGCUCUCACCUAACUGGAGUAUCAAUUUACCAUGGAACAAUCCUCUUCAUGUACUUGAGACCAAGUUCCAGCCAUGCUUUGGACCAUGACAUGAUAGUGUCUGUAUUCUACACCAUUGUGAUUCCCAUGCUGAAUCCCAUCAUCUACAGUUUGAGGAACAAAGAUGUAAAAGAAGCAAUGAAAAAAUUGUUACAGAGAAAUUGGUUCCUAAACAAAGUACAUUUUUAG